AUGGAUCAGAAUUGGCAAUCCCAAGCAGCUGCCGAGGCCCAGGCCGAGACCACAUCCUGGUCUGCCCAGAUAGCGCUUGCCGUUGCUGAGACCGUACAGCAACAGAAUGGUCCUCCGAAGGACAGCUGGUGGCGAUGUGAGGCGUGUUUCCUGGUAGCUUCUCACGUGCUCUUCUUUGCUUCAGCCAACUGGUUUUUUGCCAAGCUACUAUAUCGUGACUACGAGGUCAAACAGCGAUACAUCCAGAUUCUUUUCGCCGCAACGUUUGCUGCAUCUUCUUCCAUGUUCGAGUUGAUGUUGGCCACUGUGGCCGGGCUUCUGGACCCGGAUGUCCGUGCCGUUGCCUGGAAGGUCGAUCACUGGACGCUCAUUUGGCUUGCAUAUGUGGCCUUGCCUGCCUGUUUUGUUUGGACUUCUGUGAGAUCCAUUUGCUACGGCUCGCACCGGCUCGCUUUUGCUUCUGCAGUUCUGUCGUUGCCUCCUUUUUGGUAUGCGAUUUACAUCUCAGGCCGGUUGAUUCACAUCGAUGCUGUCAACUUUUCAGCGGAUUUGCUGAUGGCCCGCAUUGGAGUGUUGGGAGUCACCGUGGUGGCCACGUUGAGUGGCUUUGGAGCUGUGAACUUUCCCUUCCAGAGCAUGCACUCAUUUCUUCGCCCUGUCACGCAACAGCAGGUGGCAGAUGUGGAGCAGCGUUUGUUGAGGACAAUGAGGCUGAUUUCAGCGAGGAAGCGCCAGGAGUUGGCGUUAAAGCAGGAGGAAAGCCGACAAAGUGCCAGGGAGGAGCCGCUUUCCAUCGUUGGCAGAGUUGCCCAGUUUGUACAGAGACCUCUUCUGUCACUGGAGGCCUUGGGUGUAAGUGUGCGUGGAGGUACAUCAGCAACAAGGAAGCAGCUGUUUACCGAAAUUCAGGCGCUGGAGGCCUUCAGCCGUGAGUUGUUCGUGGAGCUGGAUGAGCUCAUCCAGGCUCGUCUGUGUGAGCUGAAGGCCCGCACUGUGCUUGGUCGCGCCAUGAACGUGCUUGGACGGUGCUGUUCCGCUGUAUGUGUCUACAAGAUCUUGAUGUCUUCCGUAAAUUUGUUGCUGAGGCGUGGUAGCGCGCAGGCAGAGGAUCCGGCAACCAGGUUGCUGACCAUACUUCUCUUAAACCUGCGCGUUCCUGUGGACGUCUCGUAUUGGGCGCCUAUGUUGUCCUUGAUCUUUGUAGGGUACCUGGCGUUUGCAAACACUCGUCAAUUCAUACAGCGACUCCUUGCAAUCUUUCGCAUGGUGUCUACGUCCGUGACAUCAAACUCGCUUGCCUUGUUGCUGUCUGAGGUCAUGGCAAUGUACUUCGCAGCGUGCGUCAUCCUUACCCUCCGGUUUGUCCCUAAGCGUGAUCGCGCGGAUUUGCUGAUGAUGGUUGGUGAAGUGGAUCUGUCGUAUGUCCACCUUCACUUUGACUACGUCUUUCUGUUGUCGUCCCUCUGCUCUUUGGCAGUGUUCGGUCUCAGCUACUGGCU